UAAUCUUCAAAAUGAGCGCUAAAGACGUGUGUGCCGUCGCGAGUGACUCGCAGGAGCCCGUUAUGAAUAUGGGUGAUGAGAUUGAGCUAUACAAUAGGAUGAACAAUAUGACAAGAUAUGAUGUCGAAUUAUGUCUCCAAGAAUAUUCUCCGAGAUUCAAUUGGUUAAAAAAAAAUGCAAGGAUUAUUGAUAUUGGAAGUGGUGACGGCAGUGUCACUACAAUACUAUCUACAUUCAUACCCAGUGACUAUGAAGUGCUUGUUGGAGCCGACAUUAACCCAAAAUCUGUUAAAUUUGCAAACGAUAACUACGGGAAUAAACGGAUCAAAUUUGUUCAACUGGACAUCGAGGGAAUGUUACCAGAUGACAUGAAGGAGAGUUUCGACCACGUGUUCUCGUUCUACACAUUUCACUGGGUUGAUAACCACCAGAAAGCCUUCAUCAAUAUACACAACAUAUUACAGAAGGACGGAGAGGUCUUUGCUAUAUUUUUAUUAUUUUGCGACAUUUAUUUGAUAUUUGAAAUGCUAGCAAAAACAAAGAAGUGGGCGCCGUGGAUGCCUAAUUUCGACAAAUUCCCGUCGCCGUAUUAUGAUUUUCUGGAUCCAGAUGUUCACGUGGCAAAAAUGUUAAAAAACAUUGGCUUCAACGUUCUUGACGUGAGAUGUAAACAAAAAACAUACUAUUACGAGUCAGUUGACGUUUUUAAAGAUGUUUUGACAGCUAUAAACCCUUUCGAUGUCCCAAAAGAUGUUUGGGCAGAAUUCUUGGAAGAAUUCAUGGAAAUAAAGAGAAAAAUGCACCUUGUGGAUGAGAAAGGGGUGAAGACACGUUACAACCUAAUGGUAAUACAUUGUACUAAGUAAACAAUUAUUAUAUACAAGACUUCAUAAUAAAAUACUCUUUUUA